GUGGAGCAACAAGUGCCACUUGAGACUGGUCAGUGUCAGUAGCCUACUUAGAUGCUACAGGCACAACAUGAGUAGUCUGUGACCAGAAGCACCUUUUUUAUUGGGAUUCAAUGGUUGCUUCUCCUCGAGAGACAAACAUGUCCAUCUGUCGGGCUUCGGCGGGACAAACCGCAAAGUGAUCUGAGCAACAGCACUUCAGUCUGUCCUGUUUCCACUACCAAAAGAGGCUCGAAUGCAUUUGUCAAUGGAUACCUUGGCAAUGGUGGAAGAUGGUUGCCUAGACAACUAUGACAUGGCAAAAGGCGCCGCCGGGUCCAGCUCCGGGGGCAGGGUACACAGCAUCGAUGUCAUCCUGGGCUUCGCUAAGGAACAGGACACUUUGCUUCACCAUCACGCCGUCCACGAACACGACGAGGAAGACAGCGAGCACCGGCAGAAAGCCACGCGGGAAAACUCGCAACUUGACAAGCACGAUCCCUAUGGGCAUCUUUCGGAAUUGGGUGACAACUCCCAACAUCCGUCCUAUCACGCAUCAGACCUCUUCUCCACCGACAAGUGCAAUGGGGAGAUGAGCAGCAUGCAAAAGGAACUGGAAGAGGAUUCCCCGAAGGGCAUUACGGAGGAAGAGCACGGCAAGAAGAAGCACCGCAGGAAUCGGACCACAUUCACCACCUAUCAGCUGCAUGAGUUGGAGCGCGCCUUCGAGAAGUCACACUACCCUGAUGUAUACAGCCGUGAGGAGCUGGCUAUGAAGGUCAACUUGCCUGAAGUCCGGGUGCAGGUCUGGUUCCAGAACAGGCGGGCCAAAUGGCGACGACAGGAGAAAAUGGACUCCACCAACAUGAAGCUGCAUGACUCCCCCAUGCUUUCCUUUAACCGGCCCCCAAUGGCGACCAGCAUGGGGCCAGUGGCUAACCCAAUGCCCCUGGAUCCCUGGCUCACCUCGCCGAUCUCCAGCACUCCGCCCAUGCAUGCCAUCCCAGGAUUCAUGGGCUCACCACAGGGCCUGCAGCCAGCCUAUCCGACCCACAGCUUCCUCGGCGGACCGCCUGGCCUGGUGCAGGGUAUGCAGCCCAUUGGCGGGCCGCCACCCUACCAGUGCCCACCCAGCUUCAAUGACAAAUAUCCUAUAGAGGACGACAGGAGCUCCAGUAUCGCAGCACUCAGGAUGAAGGCCAAAGAGCACAUUCAGUCCAUGGAUAAAACCUGGCAACACAUGUGAUCCUCCUUUUUUGUGUUUGUUGGGGGGGGGGGAGUUGGGCAGCUCCAGUGAAUGUUUACAAACUAUGGAGACUACACAUAAACUUGCACUCUUUUCAAGGACCUUUAGGUUUUUAGACUGUGGAAAGUAUAUGUCUAAGCCUAGUAGUCCCAGGGUAAUAUAUCGAUUCAAAAGAAGGCCCUAGUGUUAUAAAAGCUCCAAGAACCUUUAGGGUGGCACGGUGAACACUGGUUCGCACAGCCUUCUUACAGUUCAGAGGUCACGGGUCCAAAGCAUGGCUCCGGUGUGAAGCGUACAUGUUCUCUCUGUGCCUGCGAGGGUUUUCUCCAGCUACUGUUGUUUCGUCUCACAUUACAAAAACCUGCAGGGUAACUUAAUUGAAGACUCCAAAAUGUCCGUACGUAUGAAUGUUGCGUGUGAAUUUUGGUUUUUAUAUGUAACUGGUUGCCAUCCAGUUCAGGGUAUACGUUGCCUCUUGCCGAAGGUCAACUAGGAUUCGCUCCAUGUUACACAGUGUUCUAAUGAGGGUAAGGGGACAGAAAAUGGAUGGAUGGAUGGAUGGAUGGGUGGAACGAACAACCUUUAGAGUAGCGCUUACAGCUUUGAACAUACUAAUCCUUCUAAAAAAAUAGCGUAUUGUUAUAAAGUUAAUUGCUUUCUGUAAUGUACUGAUAAACAUUAGACUUUCAUAUAUUUUAGGUUCAUUACACACAACCGAAGUAGUCAAGUAGUCAAGAAAAAACAAAAAUGCAGAUCUAAAAAAAUUAGCAUAUUUCAUCCGACCAAUACACAAAAGUGUUUUUUUAAUACAAAAAAUGGCAGCCUUCAAGUAAUUAUAUCAGCUAUGCACUCAAUAAUUGGUCGGGAAUCCUUUUGCAGAAAUGACUGCUUCAAUGUGGCGUGGCAUGGAGGCAAUCAGCCUGUGGCAGUGCUGAGGUGUUAUGGAGGCCCAGGAUGCUUCGAUAGCAGCCUUAAGCUCAUCCACAGUGUUGGGUCUGUUGUCUUUCAACUUCCUCUUCACAAUAUCCUACAGAUUCUCUAUGGGGUUCAGGUCAGGAGAGUUGGCAGGCAUAUUGAGCACAUUAAUGCUAUGGCCAGUAAACCAUUUACCAGUGGUUUUGGCACUGUGAGCAGGUGCCAGGUCAGGCUGAAAAAUGAAAUCUUCAUCUCCAUAAAGCUUUUCAGCAGAUGCAAGCAUGAAGUGCUCCAAAAUCUCCUGAUAGCUAGCUGCAUUGACCUUGCCCUUGAUAAAACAGUAGACCAACACCAGCAGCUGACAUGGCACCCCAGACCAUCACUGACUGUGGGUACUUGACACUGGACUUCAGGCAUUUUGGCAUUUCCUUCUCCCCAGUCUUCCUCCAAACUCUGGCACCUUGAUUUCCGAAUGACAUGCAAAAUUUGCUUUCAUCUGAAAAAAGUACUUUGGACCACUGAGCAACAGUCCAGUGCUGCUUCUCUGUAGCCCAGGUCAGGCGCUUCUGCCACUGUUUCAGGUUCAAAAGUGGCUUGACCUGGGGAACGCGGCACCUGUAGCCCAUUUCCAGCACACCCCUGUGCACGGUGGCUCUGGAUGUUUCUACUCCAGACUCUGUUGACUGUUUCUGCAGGUCCCCUAAUGUCUGGUAUCGGCCCUUCUCCACAAGCUUUCUCAGGGUGCGGUCACCUCUUCUGGUUGUGCAGCGUUUCCUGCCACACUUUUUCCUUCCUAAGACUUCCCAAUGAGAUGCCUUGUUACAGCAGUCUGGGAACAGCCGAUUCGCUCUGAAAUUUAUUUCUGUGUCUUAGCCUCUUGCUUGAGGGUGUUAAUGAUGGCCUUCUGGACAGCAGUCAGGUCGGCAGUCUUGCCCAUUAUUGCGGUUUUGAGUAAUGGACCAGGCUGGGAGUUUUUAAAAGCCUCAGGAAUCUUUUGCAGGGGUUUUGAGUUCAUUCUUUGAUUCAGAUGAUUAGGUUAGUAGCUUCCUUAGAGUACCUUUUCAUGAUAUGCUAAUUUUUUGAGAUAGGGAUUUUUGGUUUGUCUUGACUUUUUUUUGCCAAAAUCAUCAAUAUUAAAACACUAAAAGGCUUGAACUACUUCAGUUGUGUGUAAUGAAUCUAAAAUAAAUGAAAUAAAAUAAAAUAAACUAUUUAACUUUAUCACAUUAUGCAAUUUUUUUUAGAAGGACUAGUACCUGAUUGGAACCUUAACGUUUCAUCAACUACAAUUACCAGAUGGAAACAUGACUUGUCAAUACUUUUUUUUUCUUAAAGCAUUGAUUAAUUUGAUAUACCUAUGUUUUUGUCAUGUGCAUUCAAAUACACGCAAAAGCACGCACACACACAUACAUAUACUGUACAAUACAUUAUAUAUAAAAAGAAUACAUGUGUUGGUACAUUGUGACUUUUUAUCAAUCUACCAGUCAAACUGAAUACAUCCAACAACGGUCACCUUUUUGUAUUUAGGUUCAACAUUUUUUUUUGUUUAAAUAAAAAUGGG